CUGUUCUCUGCCUCUUUCCUUCCUCCCAAACACUAUCUGCUUUGCAACAACAAGUUAAAAACUUUAUAAUGAACUUAACCUGAUUUUCAGGUCUUACAGAGGAGGUUAACCCAAACUCUGACAAAGAGGUCAUGAUUUCAGAACUGCUAAUACCUGGCAGAUCUGGGAUUCAAACCUCUGGCUUUCUUUUUCUAAAGGUUUUAUGGCAACAUCGACGUUGGUGAUUAGGGAAUGCUAGGACUUACUCGUUUUUUUCAAUGAAGAGUGUUAACUACAAAUAUUUCUUUAAUGCACAAAAUAAUGUUUAACAUUAAAAAAAUGGACAGCUUUUAUUUUUCCAAACUGCAUUCUCUUCUUGUUCAGAGGGAAUGCAGGCAGGCAUCCUGCAUCCAGAACCACAGAAGGUUUUCACGAUCACCCUUCCACCUCUUGGUUAAUCGGUGUGUGUGUGCCUUGCUAGGAAGUAGAGGAGCACCGCAGGAAUUUGGAUGGUGUUUGUCUUUCAUUCCUGUGGCGUCAUAAAGUAAGGCUGUUCUCUAAGGGAACAGAUUUGGAGCUGUUACUCAAAGUCAUUUAUCUCCUGUCAUGAAGUUCAAAUAUUGUAUUUUAAAAUUAGUUGUUAUGCUGUCCCUGAAUUGGCUUACCCACCCCUUGGAUUCAUUCUGAAAGGUGCUUUUAUCUCUGCUCUUUUUCUCAGUGGUGCUUCUAGAUUUGGGGAAUUUUCUGGGCUAACGACAUACUUGAUGCUCUGAUUUCAAAAUUCAUAGUAUUGAUUUACUAGAAGAACACAGGAGUGUUUCAGAAAGCAGACAUUUAACUCUAAAAGCUACACUGUAAAGUGCUGACAGCAGGACUGUCCCCCAUUUUCCCUGUCAUUCCUACAGUUGGUGCGGCUCGUGGAUCAUUAGUGGUACUUCAUUCAAGUUGCUUUUUCAGUGUUCUGCCACGUCAGCUUCCUUAUUCAUAAAACAAAGAACCCCAAAUCUCCUGGGGUAAAAGAAAGCUCUUCCUCUUUAAGUAGCAGGCAGAAAAUGUAGGGAUUUUUUUUUUUCCUCUGAAUUUCUCUGUGUAAUUACUAUAUUUGUCUGCAGGAGCGAGGACCACUCCUUGUGGUUUGUGCCUGAUUAUCUUUCUUGAAGGCACACAGUUCCCUAGGCUGUGCGCCUGGCAGGGAGCAGAGGCCGGGAGCUCUCAGCUGUGUGAGAACUGGGCGAGCAUAUGGCUACUUCUCUCCCCGAACGCUGGUCCCAGUGCAGUUGCCUCUGGCUGGAGGGCUGGGAGGUGGAGCCUUUCUGCUCACCGCCGCGAGUUCCCUUCUCCUUUCUCUCUACUGGCUGUGCAUUGGCUCUUCGUGCUCUGAGUGGAAUAGGCAGGGUGUGCUCACAGACCGCGGUGUAAACUGCAGUUUCUAUUUGGGGUGCCCGGGGAGAAGAGCACCAGGAAGGAAAGACAGCACCAGUGCCAUGGGCCAGCUUUGCUGCUUUCCUUUCUCAAGAGAUGAGGAAAAAAUCAGUGAGUUGGAAAGCCCGUCCUCUACCGUCCUGCAGAGAUACAGACAGGAUAUACCCAGCUGGCCAAGUGGUGAUAAGAAUGGAGGUGAGCCCGAUGAUGCUGAACUGGUAAGGCUCAGUAAGAGGCUGGUGGAGAACGCGGUGCUCAAGGCUGUCCAGCAGUAUCUGGAAGAAACACAGAACAAAAGCAAGCCAGGGGAUGGGAGCUCUGUGAAAACUCAAGAGGCUGGUAGGAAUGGCACUGAGAGUGACAACAACAGGAAAUGAGAGCCCAAUGCAGGCAGGCCCCGCGGCUCCGUGAGAAGCAUCCCGCUCCCCUCUGCUGAGUCAACGGAUUAAUUUGCAUUGUGCUGUUUCGGUGUCUCUUGUCCAAUCCGUGGAGAUUGCCUACGACUUUCAUGAUCAGUAUGUUUGCAUUUCUGAAACACAACAGAAGAGAAGUGCUGGGACUAGCAGAGGAAAUUAACUUCCAGAAGAAUGGCCUGGGUUUCACUUGCCUUCCACCAUGGCCGAGGGAGAGGGGACUUGGGGUUAUGCCUCGUGGACUCAAAUUAGAGGCCAUGGAAGGGGCCUGGCCGUCGCUGGAAUACUGCCAUUUAUAUUGCUUAACAGGGCACUUGACCACUUUAUCUGAGGCCAAAACACACACACAGCUAACAAGUGCUAAGAGUAAAAUAAUCCCUGUUGAAUUCGUUGUCCAUGCUGUUGGUCCAUAAUGUCUCAUGUCUGUCAUCCGUCUGCUAUGGCUAUGCAGUGAUUUUUAUUUACAGUAAAUUGGUUUCACGCAAAUGAUAUAUUUUUGGCAAAAUGCAGCCUUUUCUAUGAAACGUGGGCAACAUCUUAAAGGUUUCUUUUAACCUUCUUUUGAUAAGUCAGUGUGCCAUAUUUCAUAUUUUUCACUGGCAUUUGUUUGUAAAAUGUAUUACAUAAUUUUUUUUUUCCCUAGGCAAGAAACCUAUUGGACUCCGGGACUUAAUUAAUGAAGCUUUGCACCGAGAAAGGAUGAGUCUGAAGGCCAAAGUGAAACAGAUAAAGGAAC